AUGAUCGAUCCUUUGAGGCCUGGCAUGAAUGGAGAUGGCCUAAUUAGGAGGUGUAUCGAUGCAUUGCCGGAAGUAAAGAAGGUUGUCGCAGGUGGCAUUGCUGGUUGCGUCUCCAAGACUGCUGUAGCACCGCUGAGCCGUGUUACGAUCUUGAUGCAGGUGCAAUCCAUGCGGCCCCACAAGUUCGUCGAUGGGAAGAAUCCCAACAACCAGUACCUAUUUCAAAGUCUCAGGAAGAUUUACUUGGAGGAAGGCAUCACCGGCUUCUGGCGAGGGAAUCUUGCUACAUGCUUUCAUCGUUUUCCAUACACUUCAAUCACCUUCUAUGCCAAUGCCGCAAUCAGAGAGACGCUGCAGCAAAGCUAUUAUGCCUCCAAGCUUCCAGACCAGAGCCGGCACUUGUUGGCGGGUGGUGGAGCUGCGUGUGCAGCGGUUUGCACCCUUCACCCUUUGGAUGUGAUCAAGACUCGACUGAUGGCGCAAACGCGCACUGAGUACUACUCCGGCAUUAUCGACUGCGCGAAAAAGAUUUGCCGGGAUGAAGGCGUUCGAGGUUUGUACAGAGGAAUCAGCGUGUCCCUGUGCAGCACAACGCCCUCAAUUGCCAUCAACUUCACAACAUUUGAUGAGUUCAAACGUCUUUUUGUCAAGCUUGGGUUGGAGCCUGGCUGCUUUAGCCUGACGUUCUGCGCUGGCGCUUGUGCAGGCAGCUUUGCGUCAAUUGCGAUGUUUCCCAUGGACCUGGUGCGGCGGCAAAUGCAAAUGGUUGGCGUUGGCGGCCGGCCUUUGGUCUACACCAACGUGUGGCAGGCAAUCCGCCACAUUUUCCUCACCGGUGUAUUGCGGAACCAAGGCUCACCAAUACGAUGGCUAUUCGGUUUUCGCGAGUUCUUCCGGGGCUUGGCACCAGAGUUAAUGAAAGUUGCGCCGCACAACGCGAUAAUGUUCUCGACCCAAAACCAUCUCAUCAGCAGGAAAUGGUUCGGAGAGGAGCUUCUCUACCCAGACUGA